AUGUCUAAACUCUUAUCUUUUCUAGUUUUAUGUUUCUUGUUAUGCCAACAAAUAUCUGCAACAACUUUGAGUUUCGUUAGUGAUGGGGCUGUAUAUACAUUUCAAUCCGGCCAAAAAGUUGAAGCAGUGAUACCUGCAGAGAUUUCUCUAGAUUGACCAACUAUGUAUGGAUCAAAUUGAAUUUGAGAUAAGACGGAUAAUGUAACACCUGGAGUUGCGCUAUUUAUGAGGUUCUUUACUGUUCCUGGAAUUCCUACUAAAUCUUACAUUACAAUUUCCGGUGAUGACAAUUUUACCAUAUUCCUUAAUGGAAGGCUAGUAGCGAUGAAAUCCGAAACCUCCCACUUUUUAACUGAAAUUGAUAUGCUUUCAAAAACUGUUCAAGGAGAUAAUUACUUGCACAUUAUCGUCGAUAAUAAUUUGGGAUUAGGAGGCUUGUUGUUUAAAGCUGCUAUUGAAUAUUAG